GAUUGAAUUUUCCCGGAAGGGCCCGAGAUUUAAUUACUAUAUGUAAUAGAUCUCAAUUCAUCGGUAUUUACUACGACUCCAGGCCUUCCGGUAAGGAGCUCGUCAGCGUCUUAUAAGCGCUGAAUCUGCAUUCGCAUUUCUUCUAGCGAAUUUCGCUUCCCUAUCGUCAAAAUGGACUUCGAGGAGCUUAAAAUAUUUAAGAGCUGGGAUCAGGUGAAGCCUUACUUCACUAAUCCCUCUCUUAUUACUGUUGAGGCUUUGUUUGUAUUGUUGACUUUGUGCAAUGUGUACGUCCUUCACACUUUAUUUGUGACUGUGAUUGCCGCUCCCGUAUUCAUUACGUGGUGGCAGUUAACUCAAGGAUUGGUAACAGCUUAUCUUUUGGGUGACUUUGGAACAAUAUACCCUAAGUUGGCCUACUUCCCUGCUGUAAAGAUUGACGUCAAUUUGUUGAAGACAUUGGCCAUGCCCACUGUCGCAUACGUUGCUAUGUUGUGCUCGACCAACAUUAUGCUCUGCAAGGCUCCUUCUACUGCUGCAUUCCCUAUUUUGGCCUCUGGAGCUGUUGCUGCUCACCAUGCUGCACGUUUCAUCGCUUGCGGAGAGGAGUACAUGCCUAUGCGUUGGAAGGCUAUUGGUUUCUUGUUAUUGGCUUUUGUUAUUGGUGCUACUGACAAACACAUAGCUCCUGGUAACAUCAUCACUGUAGCUUUUAUCUAUGCUUUCUUGGCUGCUGUCUUCCGUGCAGGUUUCAUGGAGCGUGCUCUUCACAUUGUUGGUGGUCGUGGCAAUGCUCUUCACAACCACCAGCACUUUUUGGGUGCUAUGAUCUUGCCUUUUGUAUUCUUGGUUAACGGUGAGCUCAAGGUUUUGAUCAACACUCUUCCUUGGGAUAUUACUGCCGCUAGAACUUGGCAAGUUUGGGGGUGCUUCGUCGCUGUCGGAGCUCUCCCCUUCGUUAAGAACGUAGUGUCCAACAGGUUAAUCCGCCAGACUGGUCAAGCUCCAUGGCGUAUGCUUGAGCUUAUUGCUGUUGCCCUUUUGUUUAUCAUCGGUUCUGUAAAGCAGAGUCCUUCGUGGCAAGUGGUCCUAGCCACCAUUUUCGUCAUUGUUGGUCGUUUCCUGGGUGCAGUAGAUGUCAUCAGGAACUUACAAUACGCCCGUGAUGCAGCUUCUCUAGGUCCCAACUCAUCAGAGCCAUUUUUGCAAAAGGAUGAAGCAGCUCUAGUUCAGGAGAUGGAAUCCUAGAUCAUUUUUACAGCUGUUCUACGUGAGUCAACUCACAGGUCUAGACAACUCAACACACUUCAGUGUACUCAGACCGUGGAAAUUUUUGCGGAUUCGCAGAUAACCUAUAGAUAGUCCAUUCUAAUAAGUUAAUUAACAUUAGAUUGGACUAGCGUUUUGAGUAACUCGCGUAUCUAAGAAUUAAUAGUUAUGUGC